AUGGCCUUCUUCCUUCCCCGUACUGUCUACCAUACUCAGGCUCCUCUGAACCCACUCUACUAUCUUCUCAAGGAGCUUGACCAGUCUGUUCCACAGCCCCAGCAGCCUCAGCGAAGAAGCCAAUGCCAGUCUCAACAGAAGAGUCAGGCUCAGGCUGAAUGCCCCGCCUAUAAGGUGAUUACCCGACCAUGGGAGCCCCGCUUUGAGGCUCACGAGACGGAGGACUCCUUUGUUCUCUACGGCGAGCUCCCUGGCCUAAACAAGGAAAACGUCACUGUUGAAUUCCCCGAACCUCGCAAGCUUGUCGUUACCGGCAAGGUUGAGCGUUUCACAGAUGUCCCCAAGGCAGCUGAAACAAUCACUGAGCAGCCUGCUCCCGCUCCCACUCCCGUCAUUGAGUCAGACAACGAAGACACCCAGAGCAGAAGUUCAUACCAAGCUACUGUCGAGGACGAUGUUGAUGAUGAGUUUGAAGUCUUGAGCCACACAUCGCAAAAGUCAGAGACUGUCAGUCAACCACAGCCUGAGACUCUCAGCGACAAGGCCAGAGAGAAGCAGCCUGAGCAACCCAAGCAGCCUGAAGAGCCAAGACGUUCUGGCUACACCAAGGAGUUCUCACGUUACUUCACUUUCCCUACCUACGUCAACCACGAGGCAGUCACUGCCAAUCUGAAGGAUGGUCUCCUGACUAUAAUUGUUCCCAAGGCUACUCCCCAGUCUCGACGCAUUAUUAUUAGCUAG